ACAGAUGACUUUUAUCUCGCAGUCAGAGCCAAAGUCUCUCCUAUGGCUGCCUGUCGCGGUUUUCUGCGCCUUUCCCGAACUUUCUAAGUUAGCACGAAGAAGAGCGUCUUCUCCGAGCUUCAGUUUGGGAGAAUGAACUCAGCAGAGGGCUGUUCAGGUGCUGAUGGACGGGAACAAGCUGAUCGGGGCUUCACUGUGGAGGGAUGUCCCAGUGGUAUGUCCCCGGCGAGUGGAGAGGUAACCCCGAGGAAAAGGCUUCAUUGUGCAGAGGACGCGCGAUGCAGCAGCCGCCCCGCUCCUGAGGGCGCAGGCUCCGUCUCCAUCUCAGAGGAGUCAGAGGACAAGACCGCGCUGUGUCAACAAUGUCAGAGGAAGGUCUCCGAGCUCAAGGAGCAGGUGCUGGCCCUGGCAGACCAAAACUCACUCAAGGACCCGGGCUACACAUCAUUCCUGUUCGAUCAGCUCCAGACGUCAGGGAGCCAUGAGGCGGGCAACUGUCAGGUGUGCUCCACUCCUCUGCAGCAGCUGAGGCAGGAGGCCCUCCACACACUCCACACUCCAGUCCUGACCCUCACCUCCGCACCGUCCUUCCUCCCGCAGCCAACCAGGUUCACCGUGUCAGCCUCCAAACAGAUGUCCAGAAACCAGACGACCACCAUCAGCAGCAGUGUCCCCUCACUGCUGCCCCUGGGGGAGAGGCACCGGGUCCAGGGGGCAGGGUCUAAGGCCAGUGUCCAGGUGACAGUGGCUGGGGCACAGCUCACUGGCUCCCUGGGCUCUGUGACCAUCCAGGCACAGCAGUACCUCGAAGGCAUGUGGAGCAUUUCCAGGGUCAACAACUUCCUGCCUCAGCCCAAGCCGGUUGCUGGUUUGACAUCUGGAGUGGAUGUAUUAGCCUCGCAGGGACACAUGACCACCUUGACCACUGCCACGACCACUAGCACCGCCCUAACGCCCUGUAGACUGAGGAGCACAACCCACUCGGGGAUCCCAGCACCCAGCGUCUCCGCCCACCCACCCGCCUCCUCUACGGCAACAUCCUUCUUCAUUAGGGCAGCUCAGAAGCUGAAUCUAUCGUCCAAGCGCAAGAAGCACCAGCCCUCCCUGCUCCACCCCCAGGAACCCUCCAUCUACCCCACCAACUUCAGUGGCAUCCUCCAGGCUCUGCCCCCUCCCGCACCGCCAUGCCUGCUCCGCGCCGUGUCCAAAGUGAAAGACAAUCCAGGCAUGGGAAAGGUGAAAGUGAUGAUGCGUAUCUGCCCGUCCCUGGAGGCCCCGGACUCCGGCUCAGAAUCCCAGUCUUUUCUCAAAGUGGACAGCCGAAAGAAGCAGGUGACCCUCUACGACCCCGCGUCCAGCCCGCACUCCAGCUCCGCCCACAGGAGAUCUGCCACUGUCGCCGUCCCAAAGAUAUUCGCUUUCGAUGCAGUUUUCACCCAGGAUGCCUCACAAGCUGAGGUGUGCUCAGGGACAGUAGCUGAGGUCAUCCAGUCGGUGGUGAAUGGAGCAGACGGUUGCAUCUUCUCCUUUGGCCAAGUCAAGCUCGGCAAAACAUACACCAUGAUUGGGAAGGACAGCUCCACCCAGAGCCUCGGCAUUGUCCCCUGCGCCAUCUCCUGGCUCUUCAAACUCAUCAACGAACGCAAGGAGAAGACCGGCACGCGUUUCUCCAUCAGGGUGUCAGCCGUGGAGAUCUUUGGAAAAGACGAAGAACUGAAGGACCUGCUGUCUGAGGUGUCCACGGGCAGCCUCCAAGAUGGACAGUCUCCUGGCAUCCACCUGAAAGAAGAUCCUCUCUGUGGCACCCAGCUGCAAAACCAGAGCGAACUACGAGCCCCCACUGCCGAGAAAGCUGCUUUCUUUCUGGACGCCGCCAUCUCCGCACGAAGCACAACCCGGCCCGAUGCAGAUGAGGACGACCGACGCAACUCGCAUAUGCUGUUCACACUACACGUUUACCAAUAUCGCAUGGAGAAGAGUGGCAAAGGGGGAAGUAAGGUGUCAGGGGGACGAAGCAGGCUGCACCUCAUCGACCUGGGCAGCUGUGAGAAGGUGCUAAGCAAAAGCAGAGAUGGAGGUGGCGGUCUCUGUCUCUCCCUCAACGCACUGGGCAAUGUCAUCAUGGCCUUGGCGAACGGAGCAAAGCAUAUUCCGUAUAGGGACAGCAAACUCACCAUGCUGCUGAGGGAGUCCCUAGGCAACAUAAACUGUCGAACCACCAUGAUCGCCCACAUCUCCGAUUCACCCAACAACUACGCUGAAUCCCUCAACACUAUCCAGCUGGCAUCUCGGAUCCACCGCAUGAGGAAGAAGAAGUCCAAGUAUGCGUCAAGUUCAUCUGGAGGAGAGAGCUCUUGUGAAGAGGGGAGAAUUCGUAGACCACCACACCUCAGGCCCUUCCACCCUCGGACAGUGGCUUUGGAUCCAGACCUGCCCUGUCUGCUCAGUGACCCUGAAUACUCAUCCAGCAGUGAGCAGUCUUGUGACACGGUCAUCUAUGUGGGCCCAGGGGGAGCAGCCAUCUCUGACAGAGAGCUCAGUGAUAACGAAGGCCCCCCAGCCUUUGUCCCAAUCAUUCCCUCCUUAAACAGAAAGAAGUCUGGGAAAGACAGCUCUUUGGACAAGGACCACUUCUUUAAAUGCAACACAUUUGCUGAGCUGCAGGAGAGACUGGACUGUAUAGAUGGCAGUGAGGAGCCUACUGCCUUUGUGGGGGAAGGCAAGAGGACACAGGCUAGCCCCAAAAUGGACAAAUCAAAAGAGAGCCAAGGCUCAGUUUCACCAAAGACUGUAAUAAAUAUCUCUAAUACCCAAGAUGCUUCACCUAAACAAUCUCCAAAAUCUAUUGCAACACCGUUAUCCAGCAGCCCCAGUGUUAAAUCUAAAUUGGAUAUGAGCCAGAGACAAGAGAACAUUCCCAGUGUAAACAGAACCAGUGCAGAUGGUGAGAAGUGUUUGAGUACAGAGAGCAGAGUUAGCACAAACACUGUGGCAGCCCCUGUGGCUGCAGCAGUGCCUGUAGUGAGAGAGAAAGUCUUCUUUAACAAGAGAGCUUUGCCAAAGCCAGCUCCACCCCCUAUAGAAAGCGAGGAACGCUCCGGCACUAGAAUGCCUCCAGUGGGAAUGAGCCAUCAGGCCGUGAAGAGGCGGGACCUAUGUGUUCCUUCACCCCUUGUCCGUGCUCCUGUCGAAGUCUGUCACGUGCGAUCCACCCUGAGAGACAGGUGUUUGGAUCGAGAUAUCCUCAGAGCGACUGUGACGCUGCAACAGCCCGUGGAGCUGAAUGGGGAGGAUGAGCUGGUCUUCACUGUGGUGGAGGAGCUGUCCAUAGGCAGCAUUGUAGAAAAAGGUCGUCCCUCCAGCAUUAUCAGUUUUAACAGUGACUGUUCCCUUCAAGCGCUGGCCUCUGGCUCCAGACCAGUGAGCAUCAUCAGCAGCAUCAACGAUGAGUUUGAUGCUUACACUUCAGGAAUGGGAGGCUCUGACGUGAACAUAGCCGUGGUCCCGCCCCUCCAGGAGGGGGCAGUGGAGUGUGCAGAGAGCAGGGGUUCCUCUGUCAGCUCAUGGCUGAGCGAGGUCAGCGUAAGCACAGAGGAAAGUGACGGAGUCCAUUCUACUGAUGUGUUUCUUCCACAGGCCAAACAUGUGGGAGCAGAGGGGGCAUUUUACUUUGACUCCCUGGAUAUCUGUCCUGGUAUGAGCUCCUCUAGAGGCACUAACAACUCUUUAAAUGACAGUGGCUUCAGUUUCUCUGAGCUGGACAGUGACAGUGGAGCUUCAAGCAAACUAUCCUUAACAAAGUUUCCUUCAUCCCCAGAAUCAACAAAAGGCUCUCUCAGAUACCCCUCAAAAAUAACUAAAGCUCACUCCCUCAGCUCCUCUCAGCUUCCACAAGGCCCAGUCACUGUCCAGUCAAGUCUUCCUAGGAAGACCAAACCUACCUCAUCUAUCUCACAUAGUAGCAGCAUUAGUAAAGACACACUACGACAAGAAACUAAACAAGACAACCCCUGGCAACGCAUUGAACCUACUGCCCCCAGCAACACGAGUAAGUUUGUCAGAAACCCACCCACUGGCAUCCCCUGCAGCAGAGCAUCCAACAAUAGCAACAGUGUACCUCGGCCACCCAAGGUCCCUGGGUCUACCUCAUCUCAGAGGGUGGUCGAUGGUUGUGAGAAGUCCGCCGUUAAGAAUCCCCCCAGCCGAAUGCCUCAGCUGAGAAGAGGUGCUACCACUCUGGGUACGGUACCUGUAAUCCACUCAUCCACAGAACACAAAGCACCACAAGAUAUUAUUACAUCAACCACAAGCCUUAAAUUCUCCUCUCUAGGCAAAAGCAGCAAGGGUAACUCUCAGAAAGCAAGCAACAUCCCCAAACCUGGUUGUACGUCCCCUCCACCCCCUCCUGUCAGAAAGUCCAGUUUAGACCACAAGGCCAAGAGCCUGCUACCCCAAAGUGCCUUACGGUCAGCGUAUGGAGAGACGGGGAGAGGCUCUGGACCCAGGACAGCAGUGUCUGUGGAGGAGCUCGACAAAGUGGACUCUGGCUUCAGAGGCUCUAAAUCUGACCUUACUGCAACCAAAGUGAGCUCCAGCCUGAAAGGCCGAGGGCACAGAGGAGAGAGUGGGCAGCACUAUGGCAGCCAGGCAUCCCUGGAAAGAUUUGAAGGUAGCUCUCUAUCAGGGUCUAGAGCUGCCCUCAGCAGAGAGAACAGUGGGGCCAGUCUGACGGGUGGCAGCAGUAAGUCAAGUAAAAACUAUCAAAGGCUUGGCAUUCCAAAUUCAUCAAGUUCUCCCAUUGCUACCUGUCCAUCAUCUCCCAGUGGAGGAAGUAUCAACAAGAGUGGCUCGGUGAAGGCAUCAGCAAACCCCAAAGCCUUGGGCCCUCUGAGUAGUAACAGCAAGGCACGCUCACUGUCUACCAACAACUCUAAAGGUCUGAGCUCAUCCACCAAAUCUUUAGCUGCCCCAGUGGUUAAGAAUACCAAUGCCAAUCUGCCUCCAACAGGAAGACCUGCAGCUCCUCGUGCCUCUGCUGCAGUGAGCAGUAAGCCAGGCAGAGGAACCAUCAUGGGCACUAAGCAGGCCAUGAGAGCCGCCAACAGCCGAGUGAGUGAACUGUCAGCAGGCAACGUGUCAGGAAAGCACACGAGAGGUUCAGGAGACUCGGACAGUGGGAAUGACAGUGGAGUGAAUGUGAAUGAAGACAGAGCGCCCCUGCCGAUGCUUCCAUCACCAUACAGUAAAAUCACUGCUCCGAGGAGGCCACAGCGCUACAGCAGCGGUCAUGGUAGUGACAACAGCAGCGUGCUGAGCGGGGAGCUUCCUCCUGCUAUGGGCAGGACCGCUCUCUUCUACCACAGUGGAGGAAGCAGUGGCUACGAAAGCAUGAUUCGAGACAGUGAGGCUACAGGCAGUGCCUCCUCUGCACACGACUCCAUGAGUGAGAGCGGCAUGUCAUCUUCAGGCCGCACAAAAAGUUCCAAGUAUCCAAAGAAGAGAACAAAUGGAUUUCAAAGGAGGCGGCUUAUCCCAGCUCCCCUGCCCGACACCACAUCCCUGGGGAAGAAGGUGGGCACUGCGGGACAGUGGGUGGACUUGCCCCCCAUGUCUGGAGCUCUGAAGGAACCUUUCGAGAUUAAAGUGUAUGAGAUAGAUGACGUGGAGCGGCUUCAGAGGUGGCGGCAGGAGGAGCCAGUGGAGCAGCCAUUCCAAGAUGUUGACAAGGGUCUCAUGUAUUUUAACAGCAAACUGAAACUAUUGGAAAGAAGACAACAGCAAGUGAGAGAACUGAGAGUAAAGCAUGAAACAUUACUGGAGGAGCUUGAGGACACCAAGGCCAGACUGAUGAUGGAUCCCAGCAAGUGGAAGGGGGAGUUUGAUGUGGACCAAAGUUUGGACAAAGACUCUCCUGAGUACUUGGAGGCCUUGGUACAAGCCACAGAAGAGCUAGAGUUCUGCGUCAACUUAUGCAAGUCCCAUGUUAUGAUGGUGACCUGCUUUGACAUCAGCACGUCUCCUCCACCUGUCACUCAGGAGGGACUGCGCGAGAUUCAAGUGUGAAGACAAAAGCAAGUCGAAAUUGGGGAUGUGGAAGUGAAGAGACAGAAGGAUGAUAUUAUGUAGCAGCAGUUUGGAAAAACAAUGGAGUAAAGAGAUGGAGAUGUGGAGAGAAAAUCUCAGCCACCUGAAGCUACAGUGCCUCAUUGUCUGUGACAUGUUUUAAGGCAGAGAAAUGAAACGCGAGCACAAUUGCUGUGGCCUGUUGGGCAAAGCAAUGGCCAUCCCAUACUUAAGAGUCAAUGAACAACACCUGGAGUGCCUUUUCAUUGUUUUGUUGUGAGUCAUUAUUUUAUAAAUGGCACAGGUAUCUUAGGCAUACCUAAACAAGCCCUGAACAUAUUGCUUUUAAAAUAAGAUAUUUUAUAUUGCAUUGUAUAGUGUAUUUAUAUGAUUAUGUGGUGUGUACAAAUAUCCUUUAAGGGAAAAAAAUAAAAAGGAAAAAUAGAAAAGCAAUAAGCUAAUGUUAUUGCGCUCCCAGAUCUUGCCUUUUUUCAAACCUCAGCAUUUGACUCAUAUUCAUUCAGCCUUAUGCGCCUUAUGUUAGCUCUGGUUCUGCACUCAGACUGGACUAUGUUACCCCAUCAAGGACUGCAUUUGCUGUUGUCACUCAUGCCAUGCCAGCUGGCUCCUGAACACUCGCUGGCUUGAGUGAAUGUUUUUCUUUUUCCUUCCAGUUGCCUUUAUCCAAGCGCGUCUCGGUGGAUGCACCAAGGCAGAGCCGCAGUUCUGUUGGAGGAUGGAGAGCAUAGGCUGUGUUUGCCCAUGUUAUCUUUACUAAGAACGACAUUAAGCCAAAACAUAUCAGAGGGCCACUGUGAUGGAUUAUGAUUGAGUAUUGUUGAUUCAGCCAUUGUAUCAUGGUGCCUCAGUAUGCGCUAAUGCGACCAACAAACCUUCCUACAUGAUGAAUGGGUUAUGGCGGGCCUCAUCAGAGAGCCAUGUUGCCACUUAAUAGGCUUGGACUGGUGGCUGUCUCUACACUGUAAAACCCAGAGGCACACAUGAGUAAGCAGCAGUCUGUUUGCCUUUUAUACAGGAUCAAGCACUACCAAGCCUCAGCUCUAUGCAUUCCAAUACAUGUACUGCAACUCCUACACAAACCUCAGUAUUCACGUAAGGGCAUCAGCAGGGCUUGUUUUGUCCCAACUUAAUUUUUAAAAAGGCAAGAUUGAUUGUGACUUUCCCCAUGAGAAAACAAGUGUGGCAUUUUUUUAAUCCAAGUCAAUCAUGUAUCAGCUCUUUGUAGCUGCCAGAAUGUGUAAUGAAUCAAAUGCCUGGCAUAGGUGAUCUAAUGAUUGUUUGCAGUGAAAACAAACUGGCUUUGUUCAAUAUUGACGCGUUUGAUUUAUGUGUUUAUGACAACUUUGUAUUUCUUUUUAUACUUUUUUCUUUUUUACAAUGGUGUACUUUCUCAGGCCCUCUGACAAUGCUGCAUGAAAUUUUUAAAUCAUUUUUACAAUGAUUUUUUACAUUUUUACCAUUCUGAUCUGUAAGGAUAGAUUCAGUUUUCAGAGGGUGGGGUUAGGCUCAUAAAGAAACUGUUACCAAACCAAGACCCUUUUCCAGGAAAUACUUAAUCUAUAUGUAAAGUCAUUUUCAUAUCAAAACUCAUAUUUUCUAAUACCUUUGUUAAAAAAAAGGAUUUUCAAAUCCGCUGUAUAAAUGUAUGAUAAGGCAGCUUGUGUUUUUCUGUUACUGUACCUGUGAAUAAAAAUGUUUCUUCUUAUUAA